GCAUAAGAAGAAAAGAACCCAGGAAGAAGCAAGCACAUUGAAAACGAAGCAAAGAUUCAGAAACUUAAAAUAAACUUGGAGAAUAGAUAUGGAUGGUUCAUCGUCUUCUUCUUCGCCUUCACUGAUGUCCAAAUCGGACGGCGAGUUGGAGGAAAUGCUCGAUCGGAUGCUCACUAGGCUCGCUCUCUGCGACGACUCCAAGCUUGAAGCCCUAGUCUCGAAGCUCCUUCCCCUUACCAUAUCAUCUCUCUCCUCCCAAUCUCCCGCUGUUCGCAACAAGGUUCUUGAGAUAUUGAGUCAUGUAAACAAGAGAGUGAAGCACCAGCAUGAAAUUGGUUUGCCGUUGUUGGACUUAUGGAAAUUGUACACCGACCCUGCUGCUUCUCCUAUGGUUAGGAAUUUCGCUAUCGUGUAUGUUGAGAUGGCUUUUGAACGAGCUCCUGCUAAGGAAAGAGAGGAUAUUGCACCUAAGACAUUGGAGAAUGUUUCGAAGCUUCCUCAGCAGCACCAGGAGAUUGUUUUGAGAAUUGCCAUUAAGGUUAUUGGAGAGUGUCAUGCAAGCAAGAUCAGUGAUGAUGUCGCUGUAAAGUAUAGAUCUCUGAUUGCAUCUCAGGAUAAAGAAUUGUUUCUGGAUUUUUGCCUUCAUAUGCUUUUGUAUCAACCAGCUCCUCAAGGAGGAGGACCUCCUCCUGGGCUUUCAGUUUUUCAAGUUAAUCGCAUCAGGGGAAAGCAAGCAUUGAAAGGGGACAUGCUUACGAAAAGAAAGUUGGGGAUCUUGAAUGUCAUUGCAACCAUGGACCUGCCUGGUGAAUCUGUAUAUCCGUUGUACAUUGCUGCAUCAGUGGAUAGUCAAGAACCUGUAGCUAAGAGAGGGGAGGAGCUUCUAAAAAAGAAAGCUUCUGGAACAAAUUUGGAUGAUCCCAAGUUGAUAAACAGACUGUUCGUACUAUUCAAUGGCACUACUUCCACUGGACAUGUUGCUCCAGAACAUAAUGUAGCUCCAGGAAACACAGCCUUGAAAGUGAAGCUCAUGUCUGGUUUCUGUCGUUCUAUCGCAGCUGCAAAUAGUUUUCCUGCAACAUUGCAAUGCAUAUUUGGCUGCAUGUAUGGAAGUGGAACGACCUUAAGGCUAAAGCAAAUGGGAAUGGAAUUCACCGUGUGGGUUUUUAAGCAUGGGAAGAUAGAUCAAUUGAAACUUAUGGGCCCUGUUAUACUGAGUGCUAUUCUGAAAAUGCUUGACGGUUUCACAGGCUCAGAAGCAGAUGCGCUAUCAAGGGAGACCAAAACAUUUUCUUUUCAAGCUAUUGGUUUGAUUGCACAACGUUUGCCUCAGCUUUUUAGAGAAAAGACUGAAAUGGCUGUUCGUCUCUUUGACGCGCUGAAGUUAGAAACCCAAUCUCUUCGUUCAACUAUCCAGGAGGCAAUCAUAUCUCUUGCUGCUGCAUACAAGGACUCCCCGGAGAAUAUUCUCAGGGAUUUGGAGGUUCUUCUGCUAGCAAAUUCUCUGGCGGAACAAAAUGAAGCACGCUUUUGUGCUUUGCGAUGGGCAACUUCUUUGUAUAAUUCACAACAUUGUCCAAGUCUGUAUAUGUGCAUGCUCAGCGCAGCAGAUCCGAAGCUAGAUAUACGGGAACUAGCACUCGAAGGACUCUUUCUGAAAGAAGAAGGUCGCAGUAUAGUCUCUAAUCAUGAUCAUAAAUACCCAAAAUUUGUUGAGAUGCUGGAGUACAUUCUCAAGCAACAGCCAAAACUGUUAGAUUCUUCAGAAAUGAGAGGCCAGAAGCUUCUCUUUCCGUCGCAAGUCUAUGUGGUCAUGAUUAAGUUUUUAGUGAAGUGUUUUGAGUUGCAGAUGGAGGAGAUCGAUACCCAGGCAGUAGGUGCUGAAUUUUUGUAUUCGGCGCAAAGGAUGUGUUUGUUGUUGGAACAUUCCCUGGCAUUCGAAGGCUCGGCUGAAUUGCAUGCUUGUGCUUCCAAAGCAUUGGUUUCAGUUGGUUCUUACCUUCCAGAGGUUGUUGAGGUUUACUGUUCUAAGAAAAUUGUGUGGCUACGGCGUCUGCUUAGUCAUACAGACUUGAGUACUCGUGAAUCUGCAUCACGUUUACUGGGAAUGGCAUCCUGUGCUCUUUCUGAUGCCGAAUCAUGUUCCUUGAUUUCUGAAUUGAUAGCUUCUAUUUCCCAAUCGCCGCAGAAGUUAAGGUUCGAGGCACACCAUGGGGGAUUGUGCGCUGUAGGAUAUGUUUCAGCACAAUGUUUAUAUAGAAUGCCCGCUGUUUCUGAAGCAGUUACUCAAAAUGCGGUUAAAUGUUUGGUGGAUGUUGUUAACUUGGAGACUGCACCACUGGCUUCGGUUGCUAUGGAAGCUCUGGGUCAUAUUGGAAUCUGUGGCGCAUUACCUCUUCUUAUUAAUGAUUCUAGUCCAGGGACUCAAGUGCUGGAAGUUCUGCAAGAAAGAUUGAGCAAGCUGCUCUCUGGUGAUGAUAUAAAAUCUGUUCAGAAAAUUGCUCUUUCUCUUGGACAUAUCUGUUCAAAUGAAAUGUCAUCUUCACACUUGAAAAUAGCGCUUGAUCUUUUAUUUAGCCUUUCACGGUCAAAGGCUGAAGAAAUUUUGUUUGCUGCGGGUGAGGCGUUAUCUUUCCUCUGGGGUGGUGUACCAGUUACUGCUGAUCUGAUUUUAAAAACUAAUUAUACAUCUCUUUCGACGGAUUCAAAUUUUCUGAUGCGAGAAGUUAAAUCUUUGUCAAAAAAAUUGUCUGAUGCCGAAACUGGUGUUGGUGAAGAUAGCCGUGCGAUAACCAGAGAAACAAUUUCUGGUAAACUCUUUGAUACUCUUCUGUACAGUAGCAGGAAGGAUGAACGAUGUGCUGGAACUGUAUGGAUACUAUCUUUGAUCAUGUACUGUGGCCAGCAGCCAUCUAUCCAGCUAAUGCUUCCUAAAAUUCAGGAAGCUUUCUCACAUUUGUUAGGUGACCAGAAUGAACUUACACAGGAGCUGGCAUCCCAGGGCAUGAGCAUCGUCUAUGAACUCGGUGAUGCGUCAAUGAAAAAAAGCCUGGUAGAUGCUCUGGUUAAUACUCUAACUGGCACAAGCAAAAGAAAACGAGCUAUAAAGCUUGUUGAAGAGACUGAAGUGUUUCAAGAGGGAACUAUCGGUGAGAGUCCCAGUGGAGGGAAAAUUAGCACGUACAAGGAGCUUUGUAAUCUUGCAAAUGAAAUGGGGCAACCAGAUUUGAUUUACAAGUUUAUGGAUUUAGCCAAUCACCAAGCAUCUCUUAAUUCAAAGAGAGGAGCUGCUUUUGGGUUUUCCAAGAUAGCCAAACAAGCAGGAGAUGCUCUUCGACCACAUUUGCGAUUGUUAAUUCCGCGGUUGAUUCGAUACCAAUAUGAUCCUGACAAAAACGUGCAGGAUGCGAUGGCACACAUUUGGAAAGCAUUGAUACAAGACCCUAAGAAAGCUGUUGACGAACAUUUGAAUCACAUCUUUGAUGAUCUGCUAGUACAAUGUGGUUCAAGGCUUUGGCGCUCCCGUGAGGCAUCCUGUCUUGCCCUUGCUGAUAUUAUUCAAGGUCGCAAAUUUGACCAGGUUGGGGAGCAUUUAAAAAGACUAUGGAUAGCUGCUUUCCGUGCUAUGGAUGACAUCAAAGAGACUGUGAGAAAUGCUGGUGAUAAGUUAUGCCGUGCCGUGACAUCCUUAACAAUAAGGAUUUGUGAUGUCACGCUUACCGAACUAUCAGAUGCUAGACAAGCAAUGGAUAUUGUUCUUCCUCUUUUGCUUUCAGACGGAAUAAUGAGUAAAGUCGACAGUGUCCGUAAGGCUUCAAUUGGAGUUGUUAUGAAGCUUGCGAAGGGUGCAGGAGUUGCCCUCCGUCCACAUCUGUCAGACUUAGUUUGCUGUAUGUUGGAAAGUUUGUCUAGUCUUGAAGACCAAGGACUUAACUAUGUUGAGUUGCAUGCUGCUAAUAUUGGCAUAGAAACCGAGAAACUUGAAAAUUUACGAAUUUCAAUCUCGAAAGGCUCUCCAAUGUGGGAAACUCUUGAUCUGUGUAUUAAUAUAGUGGAUAUUGAAUCACUUGAUCAGUUGAUUCCUCGUCUCACUCAACUUGUUCGGGGUAGUGUUGGCCUCAAUACGAGGGUUGGUGUUGCCAGCUUUAUCUCAUUACUAGUUCAAAGAGUUGGUACCGAGAUAAAGCCGUUCACUGGAAUGCUGCUAAGACUUUUGUUUCCUGUUGCCAAGGAGGAGAAAAGUUCUGCUGCAAAACGUGCCUUUUCGAGUGCAUGUGGCAUUGUAUUGAAGUAUUCUAGCCCCUCUCAAGCUCAAAGCUUAAUCGAAGAAACUGCAGCUCUGCACUCUGGUGAUAGAAGCUCCCAGAUUGCAUGUGCGAGUCUUUUCAAAAGUUUCUCAUCUACAGCUUCUGAUAUUAUGAGCGGUCAUCAGUCAGCUAUUGUUCCAGUUAUAUUUAUUUCCAGAUUUGAGGAUGACAAACAGAUUUCGAGCCUCUUUGAGGAGGUGUGGGAAGAAAUCACAAGUGGUGAAAGGGUCACGUUGCAGUUGUAUCUGCAAGAAAUUGUGAAUCAUAUUUGCGAGAGCAUUACUUCAUCCUCGUGGGCAAGCAAAAAGAAGUCUGGUAGGGCAAUCUGCAAACUAACUGAAGUCUUGGAUGAAUCAUUAUCGUCGCAACACAACCGAUUGCUGCAAUGUCUUCUUAAUGAAAUUCCUGGACGUUUAUGGGAGGGAAAGGAUGCUCUUUUGGAUGCCCUUGGUGCUCUUUCAGUCUCGUGCCACGAGGCAAUUGCUAACGAGGAUCCAAAAACUCCCACUAUUAUCUUGAAUCUUAUCUGUUCUGCAUGCAGAAAGAAACUUAAGAAAUAUCGCGAGUCAGCCUUUUCUUGUCUAGAGAAAGUCAUUAUAGCUUUUGGCGAUCCAGAGUUUUUCAGUGCCGUUUUCCCUAUGUUAUAUGAGAUGUGUAAUACUGCCUCCGUCAAAACAAGUUGUCAAGUUCAGUCAGCAAGCGAUGCCGUCAAAACAGAAUCAGAAAACGGAGAAGACGGACAUAUCCCACUUGAAAAAAUCAUGGAAUGCGUCAAGUCAUGCAUCCAAGUGGCAACCGUUGAUGACAUUCUCGGGCGGAAAGCAGAUUUGAUUAAUGUUCUUCUAAUUUCGUUAUCACCUGGUUUUCAGUGGAAUGUAAAAAUGUCUGGAAUUUCAUGUGUGGGAAAGCUUUGUUCAAGGUUUCGGAGUCUAUGGAAUGACUCUAUGGAUGGCAUUCAACCUAGUGAUGCGACAAAAUUCGGUCAUGAGUUAUAUCAUUCACUGGUCCCGAAACUACUGGAAUGCAUAAACACAGUGAAGAUAGCGCAGGUUCAUGUGACUACUUCGCAAUGCCUGCUUGAGCUCAUCGAACUGUAUAGCAUGGUCUCGUCAUUGCAUCCAGUGGAAGUAGAUUUCAAGGCUGAGAUUAUCUCUCUGCUUGAACUCGAGAAGAGUGAAGAAGCUAAGUCGUUGUUGAGAAAAUCCAGGGAUGCGCUUGCAAAUCUCCUCUCGUUAAAUUAAGUAUAGAGAAUAGUCUAGUUUUUUAUACCCAAGCCAUUACGUGAUAUAUUUAUAAAUGGAAAUCUCUUACUUAAAUAAGUUCCAAAAAAAAAAACAAGUUUGUCGUUCGAUGUUGUAUCAACAAGAGCAGACGAGUUAGUUACAUAUCUCAAUUUUCUUUGAUUUAGAGCUAAAACCUAAACGCAUUUUAUUUAAUAUGUGCGAAGUCCCCGGCUCUAUUUUUCUUU